GUCCCCCAUUGUUCCCGUUGGCUGUUUUCCAUCCUUGAUCAUGUUGAGGGCUAAGACCCAGCUUUUUCUUCUCUCCCCUCAUUACCUGAAGCAGCUAAAAGGGUCAUCAAGCUUCAGAUUUAGAUGGCAGCGACUUCUACACCAGCAACAGCCUCUUCACCCAGAAUGGGCUGCCCUCGCCAAAAAGCAGCUGAAAGGCAAAAACCCAGAAGACCUAAUAUGGCACACCCCAGAAGGGAUCUCCGUAAAGCCUUUAUAUUCCAGUAGAGACACCAAAGAAUUACCUGAAGAACUUCCAGGAGUGAAGCCGUUCACACGCGGGCCGUACCCUACCAUGUACACCUUCCGGCCCUGGACCAUCCGCCAGUAUGCUGGUUUCAGUACUGUGGAAGAGAGCAAUAAGUUUUAUAAGGACAAUAUUAAGGCUGGUCAGCAGGGAUUAUCGGUUGCCUUUGAUUUAGCAACACAUCGUGGCUACGAUUCGGAUAACCCUCGAGUUCGUGGUGAUGUUGGAAUGGCUGGAGUUGCUAUCGACACUGUGGAAGAUACCAAAAUUCUCUUUGAUGGAAUUCCCUUAGAAAAAAUGUCUGUUUCUAUGACCAUGAAUGGAGCUGUUAUUCCAGUUCUUGCAACUUUUAUAGUAACUGGAGAAGAGCAAGGCGUACCUAAAGAGAAACUUACGGGUACAAUCCAGAAUGACAUACUCAAGGAGUUUAUGGUCAGAAAUACUUAUAUUUUCCCUCCUGAACCAUCUAUGAAAAUCAUUGCUGACAUUUUCCAGUAUACAGCAAAGCACAUGCCCAAAUUUAAUUCAAUUUCGAUUAGUGGAUACCAUAUGCAGGAAGCAGGUGCUGAUGCGAUUUUGGAACUGGCCUAUACGAUAGCGGAUGGGUUAGAAUACUGUAGAACUGGACUCCAGGCUGGUCUUUCAAUAGAUGAAUUUGCACCAAGAUUGUCCUUUUUCUGGGGAAUUGGGAUGAACUUUUAUAUGGAAAUAGCAAAAAUGAGAGCUGGGAGAAGACUCUGGGCUCAUCUGAUAGAGAAAAUGUUUCACCCUAAGGACUCUAAAUCUCUUCUUCUGAGAGCACAUUGUCAGACAUCUGGAUGGUCACUUACUGAGCAGGAUCCUUACAAUAACAUUAUUCGUACCACAGUAGAAGCCAUGGCAGCGGUGUUUGGAGGAACUCAGUCUUUGCACACAAAUUCUUUUGAUGAAGCUUUGGGUUUGCCAACUGUGAAAAGUGCUCGAAUUGCCAGGAACACACAAAUCAUCAUUCAGGAAGAAUCAGGAAUUCCCAAAGUGGCUGAUCCUUGGGGAGGUUCAUAUAUGAUGGAAUCUCUCACAAACGAUGUUUAUGAUGCUGCCUUGAAGCUCAUUAAUGAAAUUGAAGAGAUGGGUGGAAUGGCCAAAGCUGUAGCAGAAGGCAUACCUAAACUUCGAAUCGAAGAAUGUGCUGCCCGAAGACAAGCUAGGAUAGAUUCUGGUUCUGAAGUAAUUGUUGGAGUAAAUAAGUACCAGCUGGAUAAAGAAGAAUCUGUGGAUGUUUUGGCAAUUGAUAAUACUUCAGUACGUAAUAAGCAGAUUGAAAAACUUAAAAAGGUCAAGUCCAGCAGGGACCAAGCUUUGGCAGAACGGUGCCUUGCUGCCCUGACGGAAUGUGCUGCCAGUGGAGAUGGGAAUAUUCUGGCUCUUGCAGUGGAUGCCGCACGUGCAAGAUGUACAGUUGGAGAAAUCACAGAUGCUAUGAAGAAGGUGUUUGGUGAGCAUAAAGCUAAUGAUCGUAUGGUGAGUGGAGCCUAUCGCCAAGAAUUUGGAGAAAGCAAAGAGAUAGCAUUUGCUAUCAACAGGGUUCAGAAAUUCAUGGAACGUGAAGGUCGCAGACCUCGUCUUCUUGUGGCAAAAAUGGGACAAGAUGGACAUGACAGAGGAGCAAAAGUUAUUGCUACUGGAUUUGCUGAUCUUGGUUUUGAUGUGGACAUAGGUCCUCUUUUUCAGACUCCCCGUGAAGUUGCCCAGCAAGCUGUGGAUGCAGAUGUACACGCAGUGGGUGUAAGCACAUUAGCGGCUGGUCACAAGACGCUGGUUCCUGAGCUCAUCAAAGAGCUCAGCUCCCUCGGACGGCCAGAUAUUCUUGUCAUGUGUGGAGGGGUAAUACCGCCGCAGGAUUAUGAAUUUCUGUUUGAAGUUGGUGUUUCCAAUGUAUUUGGUCCUGGGACUCGAAUUCCAAAGGCUGCCGUUCAAGUGCUUGAUGAUAUAGAGAAGUGUUUGGAAAGGAAACAGCAAUCUUUGUAACAUCCUGGUUUUAUUUUACCUUUCACAGUUAUAUAUAGGAAGAGGGUAAAGCCAAACCAUAUCAUCAGUUUAAUUCAGCACCUUCUAAGUACUUCCCUGGAAGUUUUACAUUAAAAUAUGUUACAUUGAAGAAUGUUAUAUUUUAAGUAUAUUAUAUAUAUAUAGUUUUUCUUGAAAAUUGUUGCUAAAUUUUCACACUCAGUACUUCACCAGAAACUGUAGAUGACAGUAUUUUUUUUAAAUAGUGAUAUUUAUUAAAAUAUUUCUUUAGAAUCCGUUCUAUUAUUAUUAUUAACUUAAACCUUACCUAAAAGUUGACCAGUUCUAUUCAUUGAUUUGAGUGCUAAAAAAUAAAGUAAAAAUGUGAGUAAAAUAAUUGUUCUUGAAAAAACAUUGGAGAAUAUUUAUUUUCAUAGGACAGUGCUACAGUGCUACAGGAAAAUAUGUGUGAUUCUGUUCCUCAGUAAGCUCUAUAAGAAUUACCUUCAUGAAAGUGCUAUGUUUUCAGUAAGAUCCACAAGUGAAAAUUGGGAAAGGACAGGUUAUCUCUUCAGAUCUGACUUUACUCUUUGAAAUGAACAUGGCUACAGGUGUUAAACAUUAUUGCUAAACUUGAUCCAGGAGAGUGAAUAUUUAUGAACAUUUUCUAAGAUGGUUGUGAAUAUGACUUUCUUGAGAAUUCUGCAAUUAAAGAGUAUCGAAGAAUAUUAUAUAGCAAGAGUUGAGCUUUGCAGAACCAGAAAGAUGCUUCUCUUCAUAGAUAAAAAUUAGUGUAGAACAUUUCUGCUUUGCUCAUAAAAUUAUUUGUUCAUUGAGGAAGGAAAAUUUUCUUUUUAUUUUUAACAUCCACUAGAUAAAAUGAAUGUAAGGGAUUCUUCUAUAGUGACUUUGUGUUUUAGUAGGUCAAAAAAUCUUUUAGAAGUUGCUAUAAUACACAUUGUUAUAGAAUUUAUAAACGUUAGCGUAACUAAUCUUUAUUAGAACUUGAGUAUUUAAAAGGCAUUAGGUAAUGAUUAUUAUUUUUGUUUUUCAGAUUUAAUCUGAUUUCCAAGUCCAAUGGUGUAUUUACUAUAUUAUUUUCUGUACCUUAUGAAAAAAAUCAAUUCAGUAAUGUUUGGUCUCUUGAUAUUUUCAGUAUACUGAGUUAUAUAACUAAUAAAAUCAUCUUUGAGGAA